UCCCUCCCGCCGUGCCCCGCUCCGGCCCCUCCAAGAUGGCGCAGCCGCCGGUUUUCCUCAAGGACACGAAGCUGAUGGACGUGAAGCUGGGCCAGCUGCCCUCCUGGCUGGCCAUGAGGGACUUCACCCCCGGCGGCAUCGCGGGGGCCUUUCGGAGAGGUUACGACAGAUACUACAACAAAUACAUCAAUGUGAAGAAGGGGGGCCUCGGGGGUGUCUCCAUGGUGCUGGCUGGGUAUGUUGUUCUCAGCUACAUCUGGAGCUACAGUCACAUCAAGCACGACCGGCGCAGGAAAUACCACUGAGGCACCACCAGUGUCAGGAGGUGAAGGUGCAGCUCCUGAACAGCCCUGGCUGCUGGCACAGUUACCCUGACAGAAAAAACAUCACAGCUAUUCAUGUUAAAUCCGUGCCGUUGUGACCAAUAAUAAAGUGCUUACACUUUA